CCGUUUCUUACGUCAAGAACGGCAUCGUUUUUUCAAAACGAUAAAAUGCUGGCUUCUCACAUAAAGUCUCACAACACAGUGUCGUUUUGGCUUAUCUUCCUUCUAAGUCUUCUCCAACCGACUCGAGCUUCUUCUCCUCCAAUCUCUCUACUCCUCUUCGACAGACUCCUCGUGAUUCACCAAAAGAAGGUGACCCAUCUUUGCACCACUAUACUAGGAGCUCAUGAUGGUCAUAAGAAGACCGUUCUCCAUGGACUCUACUCAAGGUCCUAGCAGGUCUAUGUAAACGGUCACUUGUUUGAAAGCACUAUGAAUUCUAGGGUUUUCUUUUGUUUCAAACUUGGCAGUUUGCAGUAGAUGAAUAGGAGAGUGUUUUCUGUCCGCAUUAGGUCCUUUGAUUACUUCAAUAGCAUAGUCACAGUGUUUGAGAACUGGGUGAUUAGUUCCUCAGAAGCAGUCUUUGUGUUCGUGUCUGUUUUAAAGAGCCAACUCGAUUGGCUCUACUUGGGUUCUUGUUACCUAGUCUGUAUCUCAUUUGUCAUCAAUAAAAUGUUCUUUCUUUACGAGAUGCGUGUUCCUGAGAACUUGCAUUAGAGUGAGAGUUUGUUUCUUUCAAAAUCGAGUCCUUCUUCCCAUUCUGAUUUCACAUAUACAAGUCACUCAUUGCAUACAUUUAGCUAAUCAAUUAUUCUAUACAGAAUAGUUUUCGUAUAAGCCACUCAUUGCAAACUUAAUAUGUUCAUUUUGAUCUCUAAUCUCUAAUUAAAAUAUAAUUCCGCUUUAACCCUAAUGACUCAAUUCAUUUUAUGAAUUCCACGGCAGAGCGCGAGUCAAUUAUCUAGUACAUAUAAUUCAAGUUUUUUUUUUUGUUAUUGAUUACAAAUUUUGCAUUUUUCAUAAUGUUAUGGUUUUUAUUUUUGAAUUUGGAGUUUGUUGAUCAAGCCUUACAAGUUUGGAAUAGUAUAUAUUAGUACCUAAUUUUUUUUCUUUACAAUGUAGUACGUAAGCUUUAAUAUAUUUUAAAAAUUGCUCUGAAAAAUUUGGUGUAAAAUUGAAUUUGGUACCUCUACACUUUUUUCCUUGAGUUAUAGUAUCUCAAACUUUAAAUUUUUACAAACAUGUUCUUCCUUGUUCUGUGAGGAAUUUCAUUCUACUAACUAUUGGUAUAUAUUUGAAAUACAAGUAAUACACUAAAUAUGUGUUUGAAAUUAUCUAUUAAAAAUGUACAAUUAACUCACCUAAUACAUAUGUACUUGAAAAAUAUAUGUAUUUGGAUAAAAUCAAAAUACCAUAUGUGUAUAUGUUUAAUAUCCAACAAAUUAUUUAGAAUAUGAAAUUCCAUAUCACAAACACAAAAUCAAAAUCCUAGUAUCCAAAUACAUUCUAAAAUUCCUUUGACAAUCCCUUGUCUCCAAAGGGGUUACUGAUUUGGCAGUUAUUAACUCAUUCACUCCCGUAGACAUAGAGUGGCAAGACAAGUCCUGUUACUGUCCUCUGUAGAGAUAAUUUCCUUUGACUUUGUAAGAUGAUUUCACUAGAUAUGACCUGGGUGCUGAAUAGAGGUUAUAACUUUGUUUCUCCUGUCAUUACAUGGAAAAAAACCCAUUCACUCCAAGAAAAUUAUUAUUAUGGAAGUUAACUGUGCACUAAGUCAACAAACAAACAUUUGUAGAACUAAAUUACAAAACAUUUAGCUUAAUUUAUGUAUCAAUUAGUUAUUUUAUUUUAUAAGGGUGAUAUAUGGUUGUUUUUAGUUAGGUGCUACUUACAUCAUUUGAAUUUGGAAACUUCAUAUUCAACAUCAGUGGUAUUAUCACUGAAUUAAUCCCUUAUUCGAUUAAUAGAUAGAUUACUUGGCUGCCAAACAAAAUAUAAUGUCUAAUUGAUUGUUAGUUUUAUUUUCAAAUUUAUCCAUUUGUCGAUGAAUUAAAAGAACAACUUAUUAGACAUUAUAUUUCGUUGGGUUAAUAGCAUUUUGUACCCCUCCACUUUAACAAAUUAACAAAAGUACCCCUCUAUUAAAUUUUUUGCACAAACAUACCCUUCUAAUAUUAAAUCGUAACAAGUUUACCCUUCCAUCUAAUUGUCCGUUAAGUGAACGUUAAAUAGGUUGGAAAAUGACCCAAUUGCCCCUUGUUUAUUCCUAAUUUCAAUUCUAAUUAUUUAUGGCCAUGAUGAAUUAAUUAUAAAAAAAUAAAAGUCCUAAUUAACUAAAUCAAAGCAGCCGACAUGCUUAAGAUAGGGUUAGUAACCAAUGGUUACUAACCUAUGAGUAACUAAAUCUGGACCUUUAGAUUUAAGUGGGUCCAGAAAAUUCAGAUCUAAGGGUUGUCAAUUAAAGACAUUUUAUUUUCCCUAGUUUUCUUAAUCGGUUCUUAUCUUCUUCGUUCUAACUCGGAUUUCAAUUUUUUUUUUUGCACAGAUGGAACGAGUUCGUUGUGCUCUACAAAAUGAGAUCAAUUUUCAAUAUAUUUCGAGAAACUUUUUUUUUACCAACUACAUACCAUAUGGUAACUUCUUCGUUUUUAAGUCGUUUUUGUAAACGUUUGUUCAGAGGGAAUGCGUUCAUCAUGAUCUAUUGGAUCUAUAAAUUUCUGGGUGAAAAAAAUACUGGAUAAAAAAUUACCAUACAUUACCACUAUGGUAUGUGGGUGGUAACUUGUAGUAAACAAUGAUGAAAGUCGUAAAUGACAGUUAAUAUACUCCUACUAUCAUGUAUUCAACCUUCUUACCAUAUUGGUAUGUUCAUGCCAUCAUGGUACACUUUCUUACCAUAUGGUAUUAAAUUGGAGCAUACCAUAUGGUAAUGACUAGUAAAAAAUUAUUCAUUUUUUUGUACUAAAAAUUUAUCAAAGUGGAUAUCAUUUAAAGAUCACAUUUAAUCUGAUUUAUCUGUGCAAAAAAAAUUAAAUUUUGACUUAAAACGAGAGAGAAAUCAUCCGUUAAAGAUUAAAGAGGAAAAUAUAAAAGACUUUACAGGACAGAGAGGAUACUGAUGUCAUGCUGAUGUGAAGAGGUUACUCAUGUUACUGACCAUAGAGUUACUGACCUGAUCCGCUCCCCAGCCGACAUCGGAGACCAUCCGUCUCCCUCCCCUGGCGCCGCCGGUGGGUGGAGUAGAGAGAAUCGGUCGUUAGGCGAGACCAGACGACCAGCUUCCCGACGCCAUACGUUUCUCCCCUCGAUCACACAGCAGGUGGCAGCUUCUCCGACUUCUCCACGCGAUGUUCGGACGACAGCAUCCCGGCUUCUCUCGCGAGUUCCAGAGCCGGCUUCCCCGUCGAUACAUCCUCGGCUGCAACACCUCGACUCAGCCAGCGUCGAUGGCAAAGCUGCCGGCGUUGAAGGCCGGACUCUGGGGAGUAGAGAGGAAAAGUUCCUCGGGUGUGCGGAGGAAUUGGCAGGGGAUGGGGAAUUGGGGAUCCAUGUUUUGGGUUUUUUUCUUCUAAUUAAUUGAUUUUUUCCCGGUAAUUAGCGAUUUUCCAUUAAAGCUCACUCUAUGCAAACUGCACGAGUCGAAAAAAUACAAGACAACAAGCUGUCAAAUGCAAACUUCCAAGGAGUAACAGAAAGCAAAACUAUCUACUGGGGGUAAUGAUUCUAUAUAAAUCCGGCGCACUCUGAAGCAUGGACUGAAAAUCAACAUUACCACUACUAAACAACUAAACUUCCUCCCUCAUAAUGGAAGCUAGCAGCUCAGGUUGUCGCGGAGUUGCUCCAAAAACUCUGAUGCACCGUUCACGACAGAUGGAAGCCAUAGACCAGCACCAAAUAGAACACUCAUGUAAACUUCUGGUGUCAUUUUUUUAGCUUUGUGAGACAUCAGUAGCAUCAUAUCCUCCCACGUAGCAGGCAGGUGAAUAUUAGUUCUGAGAAGAGAAGAGAGAAAAACAGAGGUGAAUGGACACUCACAGAACAAGUGCUCCCUCGACUCACUGGAUGAAGCACAGAGAACACAACUAUCAUCCAUAGUAAUUCCCCACGCUUUGAGCUUGUCACUCGUGGGUAUUCGAUUAGUGAUAAUGAGCCACGCCAAAAUUAUGCAUCUAGGAAGAGUGAAUUUGCCCCAUACAAUCUUCCACCAGGUAACACAAGGCUGUCUGAUACGCAAAGUGUUCCAAACUGUGGAAACAGAAAAACGAAUCAUCUUAUUCCCGAGCCAGGUAACUUAAUUCACCAUCACUAUCCACUCCCAUUCUAAACUGCAACCAAGGCCGAACUUUAAGCACUUGUUUCCAGGUCCAGGAUCCUGUAGCAGUACGCUUCACUUCCCAAACGGAAGAUCCUCUCAGUCUAUAUCGUGAUACCCGAUUUUGUUUUUGUUUUUGUAAUUGAUGGAUGAUGGACAUAAAUAAAAAAUAAUUAAAACUUAAAUUAGUAGUAAACCACGGGUAUUUGGGUCAUUUCCUAACCCAUUUAAUAGUCACUUAACAGAAAACUAGAUUAAAGGGUAAACUUGUUA